AUGGCCGAACAGUCGUUGUAUCUCCAAUUCAGAAUUUUUGGUAGAGGAUGGAUGGUCGCAGCGCUAUCUUAUCAGAGUGCCCCACCGUUUGUAAAUUUUGGCGGUCUGCAGCGGCAGGAUCAGGGAAAGCUUUCUGUUUUGGAAGCUCUCAGCUCAAGCUUCUCCAGAACACCAACCCGCUCUCCACUGUGGAGAUGCAUUACAGCCGGGCGACGACAUGCAGCCUCAACAUCAGAGACGACACUAACCACCGCCGCCAUCAUGGAAUGGCUCUCCUCCCUUAUGACCACCGAUAAGGCCAUCAAAGGGGCCUUGAUCAUACACGGUGUUGCUCUCGUCGGGACAGUGCUGCUUGCGCUUGAUCAAUGGCGCUCAGAGUGCGAAACAAAACCACCACAACCCAAGCCGCAGUACAUCACCCAGGACACCGAGGACGCCCUGAAACUGACCACCCUGGAUACGUUGCUCGGUCACUACAACCACGCCAUUCGUGAGACGGCUGUCAAGAUCGUAUGUGACAGAGCCGUCAACGACAAGGACACCCUCGAACAGCUCCUCUGGGGCAUCACCCGUCCCAACUACGACGAGCGCCUGAAGAAUCUCCGAGCUUUGGCAGUGAUUACCGAUCCGCGUGAGUCGAUGAUCAAUCACGGUGGCACAAUUGAUAGACUAAUAAUUCCUCAAGACUCCUUGGAUAAACUUCACACAUGGAAGGCCUACGCAGCUCUCGUCCGGUGCCUGGAGCUAUCUCUUGACCCUGACCAGGAGGUGCUCAACAAUGACGACUGGGACGAGUAUCCUCUCCGUGACAUGACAGACAAGCUCUGCCUCAUGUUCAUCAGCCAGCUGGUAGGCACCUUUGACUGCGAGAAACUCAUCAAGGCCAAAUUUGUCGAGAAGUGGCUGUCCAAGCAAAACUGGGGAACCACCGAGGAGGAGCGGCAUCAGAAUCUUGCGGCCUACCUGCGCAGCAAGACCAACAGGCUUGCCGAAAUCAUCAGCUGCAUUCGGCAGAGCCCAGCUGGCCGAGUGGCACUGCAGAAGUGCGGUCUCUUUCCGUAUCCCGACACGGAAGAGAGCGAAGCAGACGAUGACGACACGCACUUGGUGGAGCGAUUAAGCGUUUUGUUUCCGGAAACUCUCGAUGUUAACAGUUUGGACGUGAACCAUCCUACUAGGGUGUUGUUGCGUUCGUUCCAAACCACGCCAGGGAGUGAAGAACAGCGCGACCGGAACCAGAGGCACAGGGAGGCAAUGGUGCUGAAUGAUGGGAGCCAUCCGAUCACGAGUGAUGAUAUCAUCCAGCGGGACCCGACAUCGCCUCCGUGA